AUGAAGCCCCUCCCGGACACUCCGCAGCAGGACCCGCACUCCGCCAACCCCGUCGACUUGGUCGCCCAGGGCACCUCCAUGCCCCCUUCCUCCCGUGUCACCUCAGAACUCGACGACCCGGAGGUAAAGGACCUCGGAUGGAGACAAGACUCCGUCCGCGCGCCCUCUCUCAUACAGGGCAUCACCAAUGAUGACCUCUUCAUGAUCGUUAGGCGGUUCAACAAGCAAGUCCAACAUGUCAGGGCAGUACCGGACCCUCCUCCUGGUUUCCUUGACCUCGAGAUUUCCGAGGACGAAGAAUUCUCCCCAGACAAGCUGCGCGCGAACAUCGAGAGGCUCUACAUGACGGUGAUUAUCGGCAUGGCUGCGUUCGGAAAGCAUAUAGCCAGACUUCGUUCAUGGAACGAACCCAGGCGGACCGCGAAGUUCUGCGUGGCCUAUUUCGCUGCAUGGUAUCUCUCUCUGCUCCCCGCAUUGCUUAUAUGCACGCUCCUCGUCCUCAUUUUCCACCCUGAAUAUCGCGCGAAGCUCUUCCCACCCGCACCGCUCGCAGCCGUCAGCGCCACUACUGGAAAUCUGCAAGUGCCUCGGGCGGGUACCCUCGGUUCCAAGGAUUCCUUGUCCGGCGCACCCGAAGCGCACCAGGGUGAGGCCGUCGAACAGGAAGCCUCGCACUUCGUCGCCGCUCUUGGUGCCGUCGGAGCUGGGACGCUCAUGGGCCAGGGCGGCUCUCCGAAGCGCAAGCACGGAGAAGCACGCGCAGACGAGAAGGGCGACGCGGAGGGUGAGAUGGAGACCGAGACGGACCAGGCUGAAGGCACGAGUGACGACUCGAUCGCGGGUGGUUUGCCGGACCCUAGUGAUCUCGUGCUGCACGCGAAGAACGUGAAGGACACGGCGAACAGCGACGGGGUUCACGAUCCGGCGGCGGAUGUUGCGAAGAAGAGCGUCGAGGGCGCGAUGUGGGAGAAGAUGCGGCCCGUUAUGCGCAUCCUUGCUGAUAUCGCUGAUACUUGGGAGCGCUUUGGAAACGCGAUCGAACCCGUCCCGCCGUUCCCGAAGUACGCAGCGCGUCUGCGUCUGGCUGGCGUCCUGGCGCCUCUGCUGCCGGUUUCGCUUUUCGUACCUGCUCGACUUGUCGUUCAUGGCACUUCGUUCGCCCUCGGCGUCGCGUUCUUUGGGAAACCUGUGAUCUCACAAUUCACGGCCAAGUUCACGCACCGCUUCCCCCACUGGCGUCGGUUCGUCGAGCUCAGGAGGGCACUACUCAAGGGCGUGCCAACGAACGCGCAGCUCACGCUCACUCUCCUCAGGGUCGCAGAGCAAGCCAAGGCGCCGCUGCCACCUCCGCCCGUCGCGCGCGCUCAUCAUACAGCAGACGCCGUGGACGCUGCGAACCCUGCUCCCGCUCACUCUCAAGAGGCAGCUGACGCUGUUAAGGAGCACGACUUCGCGUUCGAUACGGAAGGCUACGAGGUCGAGGGCGUGGACCCCAACCACGACGACGCAGGCGACGACGCAGGCGACACACCAAAGAAGAAAAAAGCGGGCAGCAAGGUGCUAGGGCUCAUCAAGAAGACGGCGCACACAGGCGUGAGCGGUGUGCUCGGCAUGGACCGCCUGAAAGCCAAAAUCGGGAACGAGCACGCGAAGCGCCGCCUCGGCGCAGUCGCGCCCCCGCCCGACAAGGCGGACACCGCUGCGGCCGCCCCGCCGCAGACCGCGCAGGAGAGGGCUGACGCGAAGGCGCGCGCGGAGGCGGCGCUGCGGCGCGAGGGCCCGACGAGCUUCUCCGCGCGCGUGAAGGGGCGCAAGGGCCGGCUGCUGCUCGUGACGGGCGCGGCGUCGCCGUGUCUUGCGUGGGUCCCGGAGAAGCCGCUGCUGGCGGCGCUGAGCGGGCCGUCGAAGAUCCCCGGGCGGGGCGGGGACGAGGCGGGGGGCUUGCCUGCGGAGUUUACGAUUGGGGUCGGGGAUGUGGUGUCGGUGCGGAAGCUGGGCGGGUUUGGGUGGAAGGGACGGUUGGUGGUGGGGUGGGCGACGGGAAGGGAUGUCGUGGAUGGGCUAGAGGUUGUGGAUCGGCUGGGGGGACGGAGGGUGUUUACGGCGAUCAAGGGAAGGGAUGAGCUGUUUAAUCGGGUGGUGGCGAUUGGGAGGCAGAGCUGGGAGUGUUUGUAG